ACUGUGUGACUCUAUCAGUGUGUGUACUUAAGUUCUUAUCACAUUCCAUCAUGUUUAUUUCCUGUCGGCGUUCAUUUAUUAUUAUUCUUUUUAUUUUUUAGUUUAUUAGCUGCUGAUUAUUUAACUGAGUUUUGUUAUCGGGGCCUGUUUCUAACAUGUCUUUUAUCACCCAGGCUGCUGUAGCGGCCUGUAAAGCGUAAGAACCAAUGGAGACUGAUGAUGAUUGGACGUAGCAUGUAUUGAAACUUCAUAAAAAUAAGUUAAAAUAUCACGUGUUGAGUACUAAUAGCAAGAUAAUUACGUUUUAAGCAUGUAAUUUAAAUGAUAGCGAUCUUAUCUGUCUGUGAACUAUAUUUCUUUAUGUCAGGCGAUGGUUUGUUGUUAGCCAAUAGCUAACUUAACCGUAUCUUUUUAUGCGCUGGGCUGGGACCUUGAAACGCUGACGGACAACCGACAGUCCUACGCUUCAGACCAGAGGACCAGGAUAACACCAUGAACUGUGAGAUUGAUGGAGAAAUGGAGAAUCAAGUCGAGCAAGAGGACAAGAGGAGACUCAUAAACCAAGUGUUGGAGCUACAGCACACACUUGAAGAUCUCUCUGCACGUGUGGAUGCGGUGAAAGAGGAGAACCUUAAGCUCAAAUCGGAGAACCAGGUUCUCGGGCAGUACAUCGAGAACCUCAUGUCUGCCUCCAGCGUGUUUCAGACCACCGACACCAAAAGCAAACGGAAAUAACGUGUGGUCACGUCUACUUUAUCCAUCAUCUCCUCUUUCCAGCAUUCAAACUACUAGCUUAUUCAUAUAAGCUGCUAUUUUGUAUUUAUUUUGUUGUACAAUGUACUGAUGCAUCUCUCAGUAUGGUAUGGGUAAAACUUGAAUGGACUGAGCUGCUGUCUUUCCUUGUCAGCUAACUGUGUUACGAAAUAUAACAGGAUGCCUGAUGCAGUUUGUGGUCAGAUAAGUACAGAGCUGGUGUAAUACCACUCCUGUAUAAUUCAUUUAGCAGGUACAUAAUCAAUCUCAGACCCUCUCAUUGACUUUACAACCUUUUUAAAUACUAGACAGCUGAAGUCAGGUUCUUAAAAAAAUAAUUUAUGCUGAAUUUAAGGUUUUUUUUGGCUUUCAACUGCUAAAAUUUGCAGUGUACAGCCAGAUUGAACACAGAUCUGUUCUCUUGAAUGUGCAUGAUAUCACAUAACUAAAGUGCAUGAUGUAAAAGGCUAAAGAUGGAUACCCUAAAUUAGUCCUCCCUCACUUGGCAUGUGAUUUUUCUAAUUUAACCCAAGGUUACUGCCAAUUAUCUUAAUGCCAGUUGCUCAGCUGGUGCAGAAAGUAUGCAAUUUCUUUAAUUUCCUGACCCACUGGUUAAAACAAAGUACCUCCUCAUAUGUUCCAUUAUUUGACUCACCAAACCAUUUACUUGCUUUCAUAUUUGGAUUUAUCUUAAAAGGUAUGACUAGUGCACAAACCAAACAUCUGUUGAGUAGGAUCAAUUGAUUGAAACUGGCUACCAGUGUAAACUGCAGCAUUGUGUUGGAGAGUUUGCUCUUCCUGGCCGUGUCCUUUUGUUUGAGGGACUUAAAAUGGAUGAAAUGAAAUGAAUGGAUUUGAGCUUUUACUGCUUUCAAAGACCAGUCUGGUUGAGACUGCUGAGUGAUAUUGAUCUGAUUGCUCCAAAGUGUCUGCUUGGGCGGCAUUUAGGAGGACAGAUGCUCUGCUCUUUGCUCAGUUUGCUGAUGUGAAAUUUCACUUACUAUGAAUUAAUGAUAUGACACAGAAGCAUCUGCCACAACACUAUAUACUCAAUCUUAUUUUACUUUUGUAAAAAAUUCAUUUGUGUAAUGUAUGUUUGCAAGGUCCCAAUGUAAAGUACUGCCUGUUCCAAAAGUGUACAUUUCAUUUUGUUACAAUUAUGCCUUUAAUAAAAUACUUUGCCUUUGCACAAA